GGCUUUGACGUCGUACUCGUCAAAUUAUCACUGAACUUCCAGAUGAUGCGAUCUUUUAUAAUGUUGGUGAUGUUUUUCGUAAUUACCGUCGUUCCCACAUACUGCCAAUGUUAUUUUGUCAGCUAUUUCCGCUCACCUCAUCACCGUGCAGUGUACAGAAAGCAGUUGAAAUUUUUAUUUCCAUGUCUUUUCUGGGGUAAAGAGGAGCAGGUGGUUAACAGUCGCCAAAGUGCCGCUAAAGUAAGGAGUAUUAGCAUUUAG